CUUGACUCCUGACUCCUAACCCUUUUUCCGAGCCACGAUUUAAAGAUACGUUCCUCCUAUCCCGCGCUUCCCAGGUUUCUCCGACCAUCGUUCGUGCUUGUUGGGGACUACGCGCGCUCACCAUGGCCAAAUCCGUAACCUUGUUCGAACCCCCGCCGCUGGACCCCUCAAAAGCGCCGAUAGAGAACGUGUUGGAGUUGACCCCCGUGGUUGACGUGGGCAACGAUGUGUUCACGAAUACCCGACCGCUCUGGCAUCCUCCGGGCGCGCGCGGCAUCUACGGCGGUGCCGCUAUCGCCCAGUCUCUUGCCGCUGCGAUGCGAACCAUCCCCGCCGAUUUCGCCGUCCACAGUAUGCAUUGUUAUUUCGUUUUGGCCGGCGAUUCCGAAAUCCCCAUCCUAUACCACGUCGAACGAGUCCGCGACGGCCGAAGCUUCAUCACCCGCACCGUACAAGCCAGGCAGCGUGGCCGACCUAUCUUCACUACCACCUUGAGCUUCAGCAAAGCCAACAGCGGUGGGAAGAAAAAGCUCGAGCAUGCCUCAUCCAUGCCGUCCGUUGCGCUACCGGAGGACUCGGGACCUGGUGCCAAAAGGGCAUUCCAACAAUCGGACGGGGGGCCGUUUGAGUCACAAAAAGCGGGAAUCGUAAAUCGUCACUUGCCGCCGGAGGACAGAAAGGUCAGACGGUUCUUUCGAUCACGAGGCAAGAUUUCCGAUGCAGGAGGACACCGUGCCCACUUGUCCGCCCUUGCAUACAUCACCGACAGCUAUUUCAUUGGCACGGUAUCCAGAGUCCACGAUAUACCACGCUUCUCCUCGCCGGCCGAACUCGAGAAGCUGCUCAGGGCUCUUAAGAACCCGUCGGAUCUAGAUGAUGAAGACAUCGCUCGUGCGCUCAAGGAGCUGAAAGAGGAAGAGACCGUGGAGCUUCGUCGUCGCUUGGAGGGUGCUCUGAGCAAGGCUACGAAUCAGGAUCCCGAAGAGCACAAGGAGGUGGGCAUGAUGGUCAGUCUCGACCACUCAAUCCACUUCCAUAAUCCCUGGGCAUUCCGAGCAGACGAAUGGAUGCUUUCCGAGAUGGAGAGUCCGUGGGCUGGUGAGGGAAGAGGCUUGGCCCUCCAGAAGAUCUGGUCCAAGGAUGGAAUUCUAAUCGCCACAUGCACGCAAGAGGGUGUCGUACGGCUCAAGCAGGAUGAGCCGCCACGCUCAAAGAUCUGAGGGAUGUGACGUCUACAUACAUAUUAUACCCUUUCUGCACCCCUGAAAAUGUCACUCUAGCAUGUAAUCCUUUUUUUGUUGCAUAUCCAAUAGACGAUC